GUAGAGGAAGAAAAGCAGAAAGCAGAAGUAGAAAAGAAGAAAGCAGAAGAAGAAAAUAAGAAAGCAGAAGAGAAAAAGAAGGCAGAAGAAAAAAAGAAAGCGGAUGAGGCCAAGAAAGCAGAAGAAGUAAAGACAGCAGAGGAAACAAAGAAGGCAGAAGAAAAGAAGAAAGCAGAAGAAAUCAAAACAGCAGAGGAGGAGAAAAAGGCAGAUGAUGCUAAAAAGCCAGCUGAUAAGAAGCCGGAAGCAGCCGCACCACACGAAGAAGACGGAGUAGAUGAACCACAUGAGAAGGGCAAGAAAAAGAAGGAGAAGAAAACUGGUGACGAUGCGAAGCAUGACGAGAAAAAGAAGAAGAAGAAACCUACUGAAGCGAAGAAGGACCACGAUAAACCGACGGAUAAAGUCGAAGCUGAAAAAGCAGAGACGAAAGUGAAAGGGGACUCGCCGACGUCUAAGGGGGAAAAUGUGCCGAAGGUGGUCGUAGAUGAUGAACACGCGGCAAAGCAUGAUGAAGAAGAAUCAGAUGAGAUGUCCCCCGAAGAGGGUCACGUGGGUGACGCUGAGGGUGCGGCCCCGUCAAAAGUAAAGAAGGGGAAGCACAAGAAGAAGUCGAAGCCAGCUCAGGACGCCGGCAUUCCCAUUGUUGUCGAACCCGAGGAAACGAAACCAGAAGCGAAGAAACCUGGCAAGAAGCAAGUGAGGCAACUUCCGCCAAAGCAGGAUCUUGUUGAGGAUUUCACCAAGAUUAAGCUAAAGCGAGCAACCACAGUGAAAGGAAUAAUAGAGCACGACGAACUGGAAUCAGUGGACCUUCAUGGCUUCGAACACGACCUGAAACAUUCGGAGGUCCACGAGCGGAAAUCCAGCGACGUAGGCUUUGAAGCCUGGCACUCAGAGACGUGGGACCGGGAGAAGGUUGAGCUUGACGAAUAUGAACAUGCCGGUCCCGAAGGCUUGAAAAAACGGCCCGAGGAUGAGGCAGAGAAGGGCAAACCAGUCGCCGGCAAGGCUGCACCAGAAUACGAAGACGUCGGCCCCAAGAAGGGUAGAGGCAAGAAACCAUCCGUCGACAUCAGGAUCACUGCUGAUGACGGCAAAUCAGUGCACGACUCCCGUAAGGACUCGCUCUCGGUGGACGAGGAAGCCGGCCGACGUGCCUCGUUCGGCGGACGUCGCCGCAGCUCCAUCGGCAUCGACAGAAAGAAGUCCGGCAUGCUGAAGGAGACCAAUACGGAGAUGUGCAAGCACAAAUAUCACGACGAGCCCGACACGGACAAACAGCUCAAGCCCCUUGGCAACGAAAUGACGGCGCCAUAUUUUGUGGAGAAGCCGCUGAACUACGUCACGAAAGAAAAGCAUGUUGCUGAGAUCCCAGUACAGAUCGGAGGUAACCCCGUGCCCAGAGUUAGGUGGUACAAAGGAUCCAGAGAAUUGUUCCCCAGCAUGAGAUACGCUUACUACAUCGAAGAGAAUACGAACACCAUUACAAUGCAAGUGAGGAAAACGAGAAGCACUGACGAUGGUUACUACAUGGUUAAACUCGACAACCCUGCCGGCGAGGCAUCCGAAAAGUUUAAAUUGAUGAUUGAGUGUGAAGGAGGUAUGGACUUCCGUAGCAUGCUUAAGCAUCGGGAGUAUGAGGAAUGGGAGCUUGCACAGAUGGCAGCAGUCGACGCGAAUCUAAAGGUCGGCGAGGGUGGUGAGAGGCGGCCCUCGCAGGUAGAGAUCCCGAAGGUGGAGCUGAAGAAGGUCGGCAGGCAUAAGAGGGGCGAAGGAGACGAUUCGAAGCUAAUGUUCCUGAAGGAGCUACAUGAUUCGAAUGCCAAAGAGGGCAAGACAAAAAGUGUGAGGAUGGACGCCAUUUUCUGUAAACCUGAUCAGAGGGUCCAGUGGUUCAAGGACAGGCAGGAGAUCUUUCCUGGAAGGAAGUAUCACAUAGAAAUUGUGGGAGACAACUACAUCCUGGUCGUGAGAAAACCCACUGUCGACGACGGUGGCAUCUACUCACUGAAGAUCAACAAAUGCGAGUCCAUUGCCUAUCUCAGCGUCGAAGAGCCGGACCCGAAAUUUUUCUUUACCAAGUUGCUGCCAAAGCGGCUUGAUAUUGACGAAAAACUGACAGCCAUACUAGAGUGUAGCGUAUCAGACAAACGUGCUCAGGUUACGUGGUACAAAGAUGGCGUACUCCUAGAGAAUAAUGACCCCAGUGCCAUCGACAUCAACACGAUGAAGCACAGCAUGACAAAGGACCAUCUCAACCGAUGCUUCCUAAAGGUUUUCGACGCACAGUUGUCGGACGAGGCCGACUACAUGUGCAAGAUUAACGACGAGACUCAUACGAUUACGACGCUGUUCGUAGAGGAGAUCAGGUACCAAAUCGUAAAGAGUCUGCUUCCUCAAAACGUCAUCGAGGAUGAGGACGCCCUGUUUAAGUGCGAAGUCAGCGAUACUCAGGCUCCCGUAAAAUGGUUUAAGGAUGGCAAAGAAAUCUCACUGGAUGACGACAAAUACGUGAUUGGUGGCGAAGGAAAGGCGCGCACACUCCUAGUAAAGCACUGCGACCUCACGAAUUCUCCAGGAAAAUACGAAUGCAGAACUAACGAUCCACACUAUGGUGACUCCUUCGCCAAGUUGAAGGUGGAACCGGCCAACGAUAUUAUCAAGAAGCUGGCACCAGUACAGUGCAAAGAAGGAGAAAAGAUGGAAUUCGAGGCCGUUGUCCGUGACUCCACUGCUAAGGUUUCGUGGUAUCAUGGCGAGGACAUCAUUAAGCCUGUGGGCAGAAUCAAGAUCAUUCAGGAUGGCAACCAACUUAAACUUGUUAUCGAAGAUGCACAGAUGUUCGACUCUGGGGAAUAUACAGUCAAGUCCGGGGAGAUAAGUUCUACUGCCGAAGCCCAGGUGCUUGAAGCUGAGCGACCAGUAGUAUUCGGCAAAGUAAAGGACUUGUACACGGGCACGGCUGACCAGGAUCUAGAGAUCGACCUUCCCUACAAUGGUACCAAGCCAACAGCACAGCUGUUCAAAGACGGCAAGCUCGUGAAGAAGAACAUUGAAAUCAAGGUGCAGAAGAGGCACAUCAAGAUAAAGCUGAGAAAACCAAAGAGAGGUGACAAGGGGCAAUACGAGCUGCGGGCUACCAACGUCGUCGGUGAGACCAGAUGCCCACUCAGCGUCAAUAUACUGGAUAUUCCCACCAUGCCCGAGGGACCGCUGGAGACGUCAAACGUGUACUGCAAUCAGAUGGACCUAUCCUGGCAUCCACCAUUGGAUGACGGCAGCUGUCCGAUCGAGAAAUAUAUCGUGGAAAAGAAUGACAUCAGUCAUCCGAAUGAGUGGAUACCAGCCGGAGAGUGCACUGAACCACAGAUUACCGUUGAACAACUAAGGGAGAAAAAGUCGUACAAAUUCAGAGUACGCGCUGUUAACAGGCUGGGUACAUCUGAACCUCUUGAAACACAGAAGGCCACCCUCGCCAAAAACCCAUAUGAUGAGCCUGAUAAGGCAGGCGUACCAGAAAUCACAGACUGGGACAAGGACAGAGUUGACAUGAAAUGGGAGCCGCCACUCAAGGACGGUGGUGCUCCUAUUGAUAAGUACAUCAUUGAGAAGAAAUCUGGCGUGGGAGAGUGGAAAGUAGCAACGGAGGUACCAGGUGAUCAGACAGCUGUCAGCUGCACCAAUGUCACUCCAGGCAAGGAGUACCAAUUCCGCGUUAGGGCAAUCAACAAAGCUGGACCAGGUCCACCGAGUGACCCAAGCAAGCCUGUCUUUACCAAGCCUCGAUUCUUGAGGCCUCACAUUGACAGAACGGGAGUCAAAGAUAUUGUUGUCAAGGCUGGUCAGCCGGUCAGCAUUGAACUCAGUAUGAUUGGUGAGCCUCCGCCGGAGAAGAUCUGGACAUUUGGCAACAAUAAUGAGCCCGUAGAAAAUGAAAGCCGCAAAGGUCGAGUACACAUCAAGAAGGAAGACUAUAAGAUCAAGAUGUCAAUUCAGGAGACAGUUAGGAAGGACACUGGUCCCUACACACUGACUGCUACGAACGGCAGUGGCUCAGACUCAAUAGUCAUCAAUGUCACCAUUCUCGCUAAGCCAAGAUCACCAGAAGGGCCCCUGGAGGUACAUGACGUUUUCAAGGACAGGUGCAAGGUCAGUUUCAAGAAGCCAACGGAUGAUGGAGGACUGAAGCUAGACAAGUACAUUGUCGAGGCCCUUGACAUGACCCGAGGCAUCUGGACCCCAAUGGCAGAGAUUUCUGGAGACAUGGAGCACCCACAGGGAGAAGUUCUCGGUCUUACCCCUGGCAAGGAGUACAAAUUCAGAGUUAAGGCCAUCAACAAACAGGGAGAGUCUGAACCACUGGUCACCGACAAACCCAUCUUGGCCAGAGAUCCAUGGGAUCCUGCCAGCAAGCCCGGAACACCAGCCUUUGAAGAUUGGGACAAAGACCACGUUGACCUGAGUUGGACUCCGCCAGAAAGUGAUGGCGGUGCUCCUAUAACAGCGUACAUAAUUGAGAAAAGGGAAAAGGGCCUACAUGAAUGGCACCCUAGUGCCGAAAUUCCGGCUCCCGCAACUGACGUUAUUAAAGGCACAUGCAAGGGGUUGGAAGCAGGCAAAGAAUACGAGUACAGAAUCAGAGCUGUGAAUGCAGCAGGACCUGGCGAACCUAGCGAUGCUACACCCUACAAAAAGGCCAAGCCAAGAUACUUGCGUCCCAAAAUUGAUAAGAGCCACAUGAAGCCCAUAACAAUAAAAGCCGGUCAGUCAUUUGGCUUUGAUGUUCCCCUGGAGGGUGAACCUCCCCCGGAGAAGGAAUGGUUCCACGAGGGAAAGCCGAUCAUAACUCCCGGACAUGCCAUAAUUGAAAACCAUGACUAUGGAACAAUGAUCGAGGUUCCCCAAGCAAAGCGUGGCGAUACUGGUGUCUACAAACUAAGGGUGCAUAACAGCUCCGGUGAAGAUACAGCCCAGGUUCAAGUCAUUGUCUUAGACAAACCUUUGGUUCCUGAGGGCCCGCUGGAAGUUUGCGAUGUCUUCAAGGACAAGAUGACCCUAAAAUGGAAGAAGCCUAAGGACGACGGUGGCACGCCGAUUAAGCACUAUGAGGUGGAGAAGUUUGACGUUCAACGCGGAACCUGGAUCCCAGCCGGUACCUCUAAGGCACCGGAAAUUAUAUGUGAUGGACUCAUACCAGGAAAAGAGUACAAGUUCCGAGUAAAGGCAAUCAAUAGCGAGGGAGAAUCAGAACCUCUAACCACUGACCAUGCUACUUUAGCCAAGGACCCGUGGGAUCCGGCAUCAAAGCCUGGUACCCCAGACAUUACUGAUUGGGACAAGGACCAUGUCGACUUGGAAUGGACUAAACCGGAAGAUGACGGUGGCUCUCCUAUCGACCACUAUAUCAUUGAGAAAAAAGAGAAACAGAGCAACUUCUGGCAGGAGUGUGCUAAGGUACCGGGAGAAAAGACAGCCGGUACAGCCCCUCUGCUUGACGAAGGCAAAGAAUACACCUUCCGUGUGCGUGCUGUGACCAAUGCUGGUCCUGGUGAGCCAUCGGACCCAUCCAGAUCUCAGAUUGCGAAGCCUCGCUACUUGAAGCCAAAGCUUGACCUUUCUAAGAUGGAAGACAUAAAGGUAUUAGCUGGUGAGACUAUCCACUUUGAUAUACCGAUCAUCGGUGAACCACCUCCGGACAAGGAGUGGACCAUGAAUGGCAAGCCUAUCGUAGCUGACGAUGACAGAAUCACACUGGAUAAUGAAGACUACAACACCAGACUGCUCAUCAGAAAUGCCCAGCGAGACGACAGCGGCAAAUUCUGUCUGAAGGUUACUAACAGCUCAGGCGAACAGGUUGGCGAGGUCAACGUCGUCGUCCUAGAUGUCCCAACUUCACCAGUGGGACCCCUGGAAGUAAAUGACGUGCACAAGGAGGGAUGCACGCUUGCCUGGAAGUUGCCCAAGGAUGAUGGCGGCUCAGGCAUUCAAGUUUUCAGGGUCGAUAAGUUGGACAUGGCAACAGGUCGCUGGGUGCCAGCAGGUGAGGUGGACGGUAAGGAGACUUCAAUUGAGCUAGAGAAUCUGACACCAGGACACGAGUACAAGUUCCGCGUGAAGGCCUGCAACAAGCAGGGCGAGUCUGCGCCACUCGAAACUCACAAACCUGUCAUUGCUAAGAACCCAUAUGACGAGCCAGACAAACCUGGUACACCAAACGUCGAUGACUGGGAUAGUGAUCAUGUCGACCUCAGCUGGACUGCUCCCGAAAAUGAUGGUGGCGCUCCUAUUGAGUCAUAUGUUAUUGAGAAGAAGGAUGAAAAUGGCGACUGGGCGAAGGCCAUAGAGAUUCCUGCCGUUCCCGGAGUCACGGACGUCAAGGGGACGGUUCCUGACCUCAUCGAGGGAACCAAGUACGAGUUCCGCGUGCGUGCGGUGAACAAGGCCGGACCUGGUGAACCCAGUGAUGCAUCAAGAGCACAGGUUGCCAAGCCAAGAAACUUGAAGCCAAAGAUCUACAAGGAUAGAAUGGAGCCAAUCAGGAUUAAGGAAGGACAAAAGAUCGAGUUUCUCGUACCAUUCGAUGGAGAGCCCAUGCCUGAGGUUACCUGGCUAAAGAACGACAUCCCGAUUGACCCAAGCCCAAGGACGUCCAUAGUAAACACCGCCGAUGAGAAAACGGUGAAGAAGCAAACUCAGCUGACGACAAACGAUGCUGUAAGACACGACUCCGGCAUGUACACGCUGAAGGUGAAGAAUGCCAAUGGAGAAGACGAGUGCACGGUCGAGGUCGUCGUACUUUCUCCUCCAGCCGCUCCCGGUGGGCCCCUCGACGCUGUCGACGUCAGGAAAGAUCGCUGCAAAUUGAAGUGGAAGAAGCCCAAGGACGAUGGCGGGCAGGACCUGUCGCACUACGCGGUGGAGAAGUUCGACAAGGCGCUGGGAAUCUGGCAAGAAGUUGAUCGCGUCAAAGGAGAGGAAUGUAAUGUUGAUAGACUGAAUCCUGGUCACGAGUACAUGUUCCGUGUAAAGGCAGUCAACCGACAGGGAGAAUCUGAACCGCUUGUGACACUUGAACCGAUUGUAGCCAAGGAUCCUUGGGAUCCACCGGGUGCUCCGGGCAAGCCAAACAUUGAAGACUGGAAUGUCGACCACAUCGACGUGAGCUGGGACCCACCAAUAAAAGAUGGCGGCGCUCCGAUCGAGGGCUACGUCAUCGAGAAGAAAGAGAAAGGAAAUCCGUUUUGGAGCAAGGCAGCUGAAGUGCCUGGAACAAGCUUCCGCGCUACGUGCCCGAACCUCGUUCCUGGGACGGAGUAUGAGUUUCGUGUGCGGGCAGUCAACAUCGCUGGAGUUGGUGACCCUAGUGAGGCCUCAAGGCCCCAAGUCGCUAAGGAGAGAUACACAAAGCCAGUCAUUGACAAGAGCAAGAUUCCGACAGAGGUGAAGGUACGGGCAGGGGAGCCAUUCAGCCUGUCCGUCCCUGUUGAGGAAAUCGAGCCGAUCCCAACCAUCCACUGGCAAAAGGAUGGCAAGGACAUUCACAUGACAGACCGCAUGGACGUCAUUGAGAGCGGUAACCUUGCUGAGGUGAACGUGCCUAGAUCAGUUCGAGAAGAUACUGGCAAGUAUAGACUAAAGCUUAAGAACGACAUUGGAGAGGACUUCAUUGAUAUCAAAGUUAACGUUGUCGACAAGCCUCAGGCACCAGAGGGCCCCCUUGAGGUCUCUGACGUCACAAAGACAAACGCUGUGCUGAAGUGGAAGCCACCUAAGGACGACGGUGGAGAGCCGAUUAGUCACUACGUGCUAGAGAAGAUGGAUACAGCCCGCGGAUCAUGGGUCGAUGCAGGCCAGACAGCUGGACCUGAGUGCAAUUUCCAGGUUGAGAAUCUCAUGCACGACAAGGAGUACAAAUUCCGCGUAAAGGCAGUGAACGUCCUCGGCGAGAGUGCUCCACUGGACACAGAAAAGGGUGUAGUCGCAAAGAACCCAUAUGACGAACCAGGGCAGCCAGGUACACCUGAAGUAACGGAUUGGGAUAUCGAUCACAUUGACAUAAAGUGGGCACCACCAGCAAAUGACGGCGGUGCUCCAAUAGAAAAGUACGUUAUCGAAAUGAAGGACAAAGCCAAGGGCACAUGGGAACCCGGCACGGAGGUUAGGGGAGACAAACAUGAUGCCACUAUACCAAACCUGGAGGAGGACCAUGACUAUGAGUUUAGAGUGAUCGCAGUGAAUAAGGCCGGACCUGGUGAACCGAGCGAGGCUUCGAGACAGCAGAGAGCCAAGCCCAGACAUUUGGCUCCUAGGAUUGACCUUGGUGCCCUGAAGGACAUCAGAGUCAAGGCUGGCCAGCCGUUCUCUCUUGAUAUUCCUAUUGUCGGGGAGCCAAUGCCUGAGGUCCAUUGGACCAAUGAUGGCGGCGAAAUACACGCAGACGACCGUGUUGAGUUCGAAAACACGCCCACGGCCGUCAUACUGAACAACAAGUGCGCGAGACGUGGUGACACUGGCGAGUAUACUCUGACACUGAGCAACGAGUCGGGUAGGACACAGGCUACUUGCAAGGUGGUCGUGCUCGAUAAACCAGCAUCACCAGAAGGACCUCUAGAUGUUGAGGAUAUCACCGCUGAAGGUUGCACAUUGAAAUGGAAACCCCCAAAGGAUGAUGGAGGCAGCGAUUUGAACUACAAGGUUGAGAAGAAGGACGCAAAGAAGGGCACCUGGGUACCGGUGUGCAGCUACGUGCCUGGCACUAGCUACCAUGUUGGCAAGCUACAGGAAGGUCAUGAAUACGAGUUCAGAGUGAUUGCUGAGAACGUACAUGGCGAGUCUGAGCCACUUGUCACAACCAAACCGAUGGUGGCGAAGAACCCAUUCAAUGUCUCUAGUUCUCCAGGCCAGCCUAAGAUUACCGACUCCGACCGCGACCACAUUACUCUAUCGUGGGACCCACCCCGGAGUGAUGGUGGCUCUCCUAUCACUGGCUACGACAUUGAACGUAGGGAGAAGACUAGUGGACGCUGGAUGAAGGUCAACAAAGAACCUUGCAAGAAAAUUGAGUAUACUGACAACUCGGUGAAAGACGGCAAGUACUAUGAGUACAGAGUUGUUGCCCAGAACAAAGCUGGCAACAGUGCGCCCAGUCCACCAUCAAAGAUGCACAGAGCCAGGCCAAUGAAAGAAAAGCCCAGAUGCUGGAUGGAUGGCGUACCGAAGGAGAUCCGUGUGCGUGCAGGCGAGCCUCUCGAUAUCGACGUGCCCAUCUCUGGCGGACCCCCGCCCGAGGUCGAGUGGUUGAAGGAUGGCAAGCCAAUUAACGAGGGCUUCCACGUGAAGAUGGACAACGACGACGACGAUGCGAAGCUGCACAUCCCACGUUGCGUACGCGACGACACAGGCGACUACACGAUCAAACUGAAGAACGAGUUUGGCGAGGACACCGGUGACAUCAAAGUCAUCGUGCUGGACAAGCCGAGCGCACCGAGGGGCCCAGUAACACCUAUUGAUAUGACAAAUGACUCUGUGACAUUGACGUGGCAGAAGCCAACCGACGAUGGAGGAGCUGAGAUUACAGGCUACAUGGUUGAGAAGUGCAUUGAGGGUUCGGAGACGUGGAUUCGCGUUCCUGGCUCUCCCUCUGAUACGAAAUUCACCGUCAAGAAUCUGGAGGAGGGCAAGAAAUAUAAGUUCCGCGUAUCAGCCGAGAAUGUGUACGGCACCUCCGAGCCUGUCGAGAGCAAAUUCAUUCAGCAUAAGAACGCGUACGAUGCACCUGGUGCUCCGAGCCAGCCGGCGAUUACAGAGUACCACGCAUACUCCAUCAGUCUUGACUGGAAGAAGCCAGACAGCGAUGGUGGAAAUCCAAUUGCAGGUUACAUGAUUGAGAGGCGAAACAAGGGUGGAAAUGUGUGGACAAAGUGCAACAUGACACCUGUGCCGACCACCAACUUCGCUGCUACAGGACUUACUGAAGGACAGACAUACGAGUUCCGUGUGAUGGCUGUGAAUGCCGCGGGUCCUGGAGAACCUAGCCAGGUGUCGCAGCCACAGGUGGCCAAGGAACCUAUUUCCACACCUGACCCACCGGGUACAGUUACUGUGGACGACAUCACCAGAAACUCCGCGGACCUCUCAUGGGAGAAGCCCAAGAACGACGGAGGCAAACCUAUCACCGGUUACAUCAUUGAGAAAAAGAAGGGAGAUGGAGAAUGGGAAGCUGCUACCAGAAUCCCUGCUAAGGAUACCUCUGGCAAGGUGAAGGGUCUCGAAGAAGGCGAAACGUACCAGUUCCGCGUGAGAGCCAUCAACGAGGAAGGUGACGGCGAACCGAGCAAACCUACGGACCCGAUCGUCGCCCUCAAUCAGCCCGCCAAGCCGCACAUCGACGUCGGCAAGGUGAAGGACAUCGUCGUCAAGCACGGCGAAGACUUCGAGAUCAAGAUCCCGUACAAGGGUUGGCCCGUUCCCGGCGCCACGUGGGAGAACGCCGGCGCGGUAAUCACGCCGGACAAUGAGCGCAUCUUCGGCGAGCAGACCGAGGAGUUUGCGAUCCUGAAGACGAAGCAAGCCAACAGGGAUGACUCCGGUCAUUACACGUUGACACUACGCAACCCAUCCGGCUCUGACACUGUCCACGUCAACGUCACCGUGCUCUCACCACCCACACCACCUAAGGGUCCACUAGAGGGGCACGACAUUGAAGGAGACAGUCUGACCUUGACCUGGGGCGCACCCAAAGAUGACGGCGGUAGCGAUGUUUCAAACUACAUCGUCGAGAAGAAAGAGCCGAACAGCAACCGCUGGGUGAAGGUGAGCAGUUUCGUCCCCGGAACGUCCUGUCGGGUGCGUAACCUGGAGGAAGGCAAGGCUUACGAGUUCCGCGUCUGCGCAGAGAACCAGUACGGCGUCUCUGAGCCACUGGAGACAAUGGAGCCGAUCGUCGCCAGACCGCCCUACGAGACUCCCGGAGCACCAAGUCAGCCUGAGGCCACCAAUCACACGGAUAGCUCUAUCAACCUUAACUGGGAUCCACCAGUAAAGGAUGGUGGCAAGCCAGUGAGGGGAUACAUUGUGGAGAAGCGCGAGAAGGGCGAACCACGCUGGGGCAAGGCAUUACUAAGCCAGGUCGUGCUUACCAGCUGUACAGUGCCAGGUCUCGUCCCAGGCAAGGAAUACGAGUUCAGAGUUCGUGCCGUUAACGAUGCCGGUCCCGGCAAAUGGAGCGAUGCAUCCCAGGCUCUCAUGGCCAGGGAACCUCCAGCCGCACCAAGAAUUGACUUGUCCUUGCUGCCACGUGAUCUCGUUGUAAAGGCAGGAGACCCAUUCAAGAUAAAUAUCCCGUACAAGGGAUUCCCAGUACCAGUUGCAGACUGGGUGAAGGACGGCGAAGGAAUUGCCCAGGACAAGCGAAUCACGUUUGACAAUGAACCUGGAGUGUCCAUCUUCAACUGUAGAGGGGCGAAGAGGGGAGACUCUGGCCAGUACAGGGUGACAUUGAAGAAUGACUUCGGGGCUGAUUCCGGUCUAGUCCAUCUUACAGUUAUCGAUGUGCCAGUGAAACCAGGUGGUCCAUUGGAGGCAUCAGGCGUAACGCCAGAGUCUUGCAAGCUGUCCUGGAAGGUGCCAGAGGAUGACGGUGGUUCUCCAGUGAGCAACUACAGCAUUGAAAAGCAGGAUGUUGCAACAGGCAAAUGGGAUAAGGUGACCGCAUUCUGCAGGCAGCCCGAGUACACCGUAAUGGGACUACAGGAAGGACACAAAUACAACUUCCGUGUGGUUGCUGAGAAUGAGCACGGAAAAUCCAUCCCGUUGUAUAAUGACAAACCGAUCACAGCCAAGCACGACUUUGAUCCUCCCGGACAACCGGGCUCUCCAACUAUCGAGGACUACGACUCAGAUAUGGUCGAACUGGCCUGGACCAGACCUGCCAGUGAUGGCGGAGAAAAGCUGGAUGGCUUCAUUGUUGAGUGCCGGGAAUUAGGAGACAAGGACUGGCACACUGCUACGCCAGUGCCAGUUAAGGAGACUCGCACCAUAAUACCCAACCUCCAAAAGGGCAAGGAAUAUGAGUUCAGAGUCGUGGCAAAGAAUGCAGCUGGCCUCGGCAAGCCAAGCCACACGUCACCAUCAAUCAAGCUCAGACCCAAACCAAAACUGGCAUCAAGCCCGGGUAUGCCGCAGACUGGAAAGAUUGGAAAGACCUUCUGUGAACUCACGUGGGAUCCACCGAGGAACGAUGGCGGUUCACCAAUUACAAGCUAUAUCGUCCAGGGCCGUCCGCGCAACAGCACCAACUGGACAAAGAUGAACGACUACUCGUGUAUCGAUCCUUGCUUCAUGGUCACCGGCCUCCACGAGGGAGGCGAGUUCGAGUUCCGCGUGAUCGCUGUCAACGCGGCCGGAGAGAGCGAGCCUAGCUAUGCUACUGCGCCAAUCCUCAUCAAAGACAAUGCGCAAGCCAAACCGGAGUUUGUCCGUAAGUUAAUCAACUCAAGCAGUCCCACCGGAAAGGAAGUCACCUUGACCUGCGAGGCUGUGGGCAAACCCACACCCAAGGCUAGAUGGUUCAGAGAUGGAGUUGAAGUAUUCACUGGCGUACGAGUUAUCCUCAAAGAGGAAAAUGGCGUCUUCCAUUUCACCAUCCCCAAUGUCACUGAAGAUGACACCGCCGAGUACACCUGUGUGUGCAAGAAUGAUAGUGGCAGUGACACCACAAGCUGCAAGUUCACCGUCCAGGCUCCACCAAGACUGGGGUCAGAGCCAGAUGAUCAGUUGGUACCAGAGGGAGACACCCACAAAGUGCGCGUUAACUUCUCGGGCGAUGGGCCUUUCACAGUCCGUCUCUUCAAGGAUGGCAAGGAAGUACCCGAGAACGACAGUGUCAAGGUAGUGCCGUUCGACGACUUCGCUAAUAUCACGUUCAAGGAUGCAAACAGGGAAGAUGAUGGCCACUACAAGGUUGUUAUUGAGAACGACAGUGGCAAAUGCGACGCGGCCUUCCACAUGAAGGUUCUAGCUCCACCUGGCAGGCCUACCGGACCAAUGAACAUCUUCGACGUGGGCAAGAAUAAUUGCACACUGUCAUGGAAGCCACCCAAGACAGACGGAGGCAGCCGUGUUACACACUACGUGGUGGAGAAGCGGGACACGUCCAGGCCUGCUUGGACCACUGUUUCGGCCAGUUGCAAGGAUACAACGUUUACACCAAACAACUUGAUGGACGGUACAGAGUACGAAUUCAGAGUGAUGGCCGUCAAUGAAAAUGGCGACAGCGAACCACUGUACGCUGAUGGACCCGUCACCAUCCGUCUGCCAUUUGAUCCGCCAGGCCCGCCAGGAGUUCCCGAAAUCCAACAGGUUGGAGGAGACUUCGUUAGCCUCACCUGGGACAAACCAUCAGAUGAUGGAGGCGGCAGGAUCACUGGCUAUUGGAUAGAAAAGCGUGAAGUUAAUGAUGACAGGUGGAACCGCGUUAACACACAGCUGUGUCUCCCAACCAUCUUCAAUGUGUCCAACCUCAUCGAGGACAGGCAGUACGAGUUCCGCAUUUUCGCUGUGAAUGAGGCUGGUCAGAGCAAACCUUCGGCCAACUCAACUCCAAUUAAGAUAAAGGAUCCAAAUGCACCGAGGUUACCAGUCUUCCUCAGACCCCUCCAAAACGUUAUGGGUGUUCAAGACAAGUCUGCCCAGUUCGAGUGUGAGAUCGAUUGUCCACCAAACACAAAGAUUCAAUGGUUCAAGGGAACAAGAGAAAUCUUCCCGGGUAGCAAACACCAGAUGUUCCACGAGGGCGACCGUCACUUCCUUGUCAUCAGCAACAUCUUUGGCGAGGAUGCUGACGAGUACGUAUGCCGUGCUACGACCAGAGCGGGAGCUAGAGCUUCCAGAGCCGACCUGAAGAUUAAAUCUCCACCAAAGAUCAAGGUACCACCGCGCUUCCAGGCGCCAGUUACAUUCGAGAAGGGUGAGACGAUUGUCAUCAAGCUGCCAUUCACUGGCUAUCCCAAGCCCAGAGCUAUAUGGACACACGAUGGCGAAGAUAUUAUCAAGGGUGGCCACUUUGACAUGGAGGUCCUGGACAGACACGCUGUUCUUACUAUCAGAGAGCCUGAGAAAAGACACAGUGGUCCUUACAGACUCAUCUUGGAGAAUGAGCUCGGACAAGACAGUUGCGUUGUCAACGUACAGGUCAACGAUCGUCCGGAGCCCCCUCGCUUCCCGUUGAUCGAGAACGUGCGUGAUACGUCGGUCUCGAUCUCCUGGAAACCACCACUGAGUGACGGUGGCAGCUUCAUCACGGAGUACGUGCUAGAGUAUUGCCAGCCGGACGGUGCCAACCCGGACAGACACAAAUGGAACCGCGUUGGAAGCACGAGGUUUACGCACUUCACAGUGGAAAACCUAAAGCCAAAGACGGAGUAUAUGUUCCGCAUCGCGGCUGAGAACUUCUAUGGUAGGAGCGAACCAUGCGAAGCUACUGCUCCAAUCCGUACACAAGACUUUGAGGGAUCCAAAAGACAGAGAGCAGGAGGCUGGGAAGAUGAAACUGGAAGGAAAAUUAGAGGAAAGGGCCCCAGAGCUGACGACUAUGAUAUGUAUUGGUAUGACUACUACAAGAAGUACGUUCCCCAGCCCGUCCGAAUCAAGCACGGAAGCGUAUACGAUGACUAUGAUAUCUUGGAGGAAUUAGGAGUUGGAGCGUUCGGCGUUGUGCAUCGUUGCGUGGAGAGGGAGACAGGCAACGGAUUCGCUGCCAAGUUCAUCAACACGUCAAACCCACGAGACAAGCGCACGAUCCAGAACGAAAUCGACAUCAUGAACAACCUGCAUCACCCCAAGCUGUUGCACUUACAUGACGCCUACGAGGCACCCGAUGAGAUGUGUAUGAUCAUGGAAUUCUUGUCCGGAGGAGAGCUGUUCGAGCGCAUCACAGCCGACACGUACAAGAUGACGGAGGCCGAAGCAAUCAACUACAUGCGACAGGUGUGCGACGGCCUGCGACACAUGCACGAGAACAACAUCGUGCACUUGGACAUCAAACCCGAGAACGUGAUGGCGACGACGAACCGCAGCAACGAGGUGAAGCUCAUCGACUUCGGCCUGUCGGCGAAGCUGAACCCCAACGAGCCGGUGACGGUGAGCACGGGAACAGCCGAGUUCGCUGCGCCGGAGAUCGUCGAUCGAGAGCCGGUCGGCUUCUACACCGACAUGUGGGCCAUCGGCGUACUGGCCUAUGUCAUUUUGAGUGGACUGUCUCCAUUCGCCGGCGACAAUGAUGUCGAGACUCUUAAGAACAUUAAGCGAUGUGACUGGAUCUUCGAGCCAAAUGCUUUUAAGGGCAUCUCAGACGAAGCAAAGGAUUUCAUCAAGAGCCUAAUCUUGAAGGAUAAGAAGUCACGUAUGACGGUGCAUGAUGCUCUAGACCACCCAUGGCUGAAGGGUGACCUGAGCCACUACAACAACAAGAUACCUAAUGAAAGAUAUCGCAACAUCAGAGACAAGAUCAGAGAGAGAUACGCUGCGUAUCCAACACCGAUGCCGCCUAUUGGUCGCAUUGCGAACUACAGUUCACUGCGUAAACACAGACCUAAGGAGUAUGAAAUGUAUGAGAGCACAUUCGACCGCAGUGAAGCUGCCCCGAGGUUCAUCGUGAUGCCAUUCAGUACAAUGGCUAUUGAAGGUAGGAGCGCCACUUUCGACUGCAGGAUUAUCGCACCAUCUCCGCCCGUCGUCUCGUGGUAUCACGGAGGUGAUCAGCUGUCGCAGUCUGGCAAAUACAUGCAGAAGUACUUCGGCAACGACUACAAGCUCGUCGUGAACAGGUGCAAAGUGGACGACGCCGGAGAAUACAUUGUCUCGGCGACUAACUCAUUUGGAACCCGCGAGAAAACCGUUCACCUGAGAGUCGAAAGAAUCCCAGAGGUGCACCAGCUGCCAUUCCGCAGCCUCUCUCCGACUAGAAGAAGGAGGUGGACUGUACGAAUGGAACACUGGGGUCUGCCCGAGAAAAAGGCACCACGAUUCGAUUUCGCUUUGCGUUCUCGCUUCAUCCAAGAGGGCUUCGGCGUAAAGCUGUCCUGCUGCAUCACAGGAAAUCCGAUGCCAUCAGUACAAUGGUACAAGGAAAACGUUCCUAUCACUGAUGGCUUCCCCUACAAGAUUAGCUACUCGGCCGGCAUGGCUGAGCUCCACCUGAACACCACAAAGAUGGCAGACGCCGGCAAAUAUUCGCUAGUUGCUUCCAACAACCUUGGAGAAGCAGAGUGCAACUGCCGACUGUCCAUCAAUCCGAGAGAAGAUCCACGGCCCAGAACUUCGCGAAGGUUUACUAGCAGCCUUCCGAUUGACCAGAUCAUCAAAUCCGAACCGUCAACACCAGAUAUAAAUAACAUAGACCUGCCGCGAGGCCCAGCCAAACGAUAUGGCGCAGCCAAAUCACAGUUUGCGCCCGAACCGAGAAAGCCAGGCGUCCGAACACCGUGUUUCACUGAGAAGCUCUUCAGACAGACAGUAAAAGAAGCACAGCCGGUACUUUUCACAUGCAGAGUAGUCGGACAGCCCGAGCCCGAAGUGAAAUGGUACAAGGACGGGCAGGAGCUCGCAUCCUCCGAUGCAAUAGACAUAAAGUACAAGGACGGAGUGUGCACAUUAGGGAUUGCAGACACCAUAGCCGAAGACGACGGAGAAUAUACCUGUAAAGCCGUUAGUAAGGAAGGUUACGACUCUACGUCUGCAAGAUUAAUAAUUAAAGCCUGAAAGUGAUGUGAAACCCAGAGAGUUAGAGAGGUUUACGAGAUGUGUAUAUGCUGCCAGCGGUAAACAUUGUCACCCGUGGGAAGUCGCUAACGUGUGAAGUUCCCUUCCACUUUUUCAUUAUGUUUGCCAUUUCGUCCGUUUUGCGUACCGCGUUGAACUGAUUUCUGCGUGGGGCGCACAACCUGAAUAGAGCUUGUAGUGCUUCUCGUCGUUUCUAGGCAUUUACUGUGUGACGCUUUCAACUAUUUUCGCGCUCCAUUCUAUAAUUUGGAAGCUUGCGAAUUCCUUUAACGUAGUUCUUAUUAGUGUUUUUCUGCGAUAUAUGAAAUGGCACGUAUCCGAAAUAGUGACACAUUAAUCUACGUGUCAUUGGAAAAUGUAUAUUAAAUAUUAAAUUAUAUCUAUGAAGAGCAUUCUUAGGCAGCUUUAGAAAGAUUUAAUGUUACGAAGCCCAGGCAGCUAGUUUUGUACAAAUUGAAAUAGUAGUACUAACAAUUGCUAUUUUUGCUGAACUCUGCUACCCGGUACACCCUCCCCGGUGGGUGGCCAGCUGUCAAGCGAGCCGCUCCCAUUUUCGUGUGAACAGCAGGCGUGGUAUUUAGUAAGUUUCCGUCCUGUCGGAGUGUUUGUGAGCCGGGUAAAACUAAUCAAGAUAACAUAUUUAUCUUCAUCUGUUCGUUAAGACUGUUUAAUCUGGUUAUAGUUAAAUUAUGAAUUGGAAGGCUCACGUUUUGAUACCAGCCAUGCCUCGUGACUGAGGGACAACUUUGUCACCCAUUUCACACUCCGUUUCACCUGUUUCAACUUUGUCAUCCCGUUGUCACCGCAGGGGACCACCGAGGAUUUUACUAGACGGCAUAUGUCUAUGGUAACGGCCCAAUAAACAUUGAGGGCUUGCGGAGUGCACGAGUAUCAAAACUAUGAGCCUUAAAGUGUUGUAGCAACUCAAAUGUUUAUAUAAAUACUCAAGUGUUUAUGAAGUUGUUCUUAUGGAAUUUAGAUAAUUUACUUUCGUUGCAAUUAUAAGGAAACUUAAAGGGAAUCAUGUGGUCCGAAUAGCCUAUAUUGUGCUGCUUUUCCUGCUAUGAUGACAAAUUAAAAAGCCACUGGCAAUUUUACGUA